AUGUCUUACUGGAGGCAAGCUGGGCUCAGCUAAACCCGCUAUCAGAUCUGUCCAAAAGCAGUAAGAGCAGCCCUGAAACCUCAGUUUAAACCAGCGGCAGAGAAAGCAGCUGGAAGCCAUGUAAAAAUUAUUAACCCCAAAAAGGAAUAACACAGAACCCCUUUCUCUAAAAGGAAAAAUGACAACUCAUUGGUAGGGACAGCCGCUUCCCAUUUUAUGAAAUCGCCACGUAAAUGAACCAUGCCAAUAAAUGAAACUUAAUACCAAAAAAAAAAAAGAUACAAUUCACUUUCCCUUUGUCCUUAACCAGCCCCCACAGUUAUCGGUAUUUAUGAACUUAUUUUGAAUUUUUAAAUCUAUCUUAUCUAGAAGUAUCACCUAUAAAUCUUGCAGAUUUAAUCGGCAGUCCCUCUCUCCUUUUGGCCAAACCAUUUUUAUUACAAUUAUUUAUUCACUCCUAGCGCUUGACUCAUGACCACAAAUGGGACCAGAAUUUCACUUGCUCAGCAAUGGGGACAUUAAG